AUGUUUGAAGAAUGUCAGCAAGAUAUUGGAGUUUCUCCUAUGGGAGCCGUACAGUGGGCAAAAAAACCGUUCGACAUAAAACCCCUCUCUAAAGCAACCAUUGCUACUAUUGUCUCUCUUCUUACUUCUGGUCACUCCUAUGCCUCUAUCAAGGCCCAGACUGGAGCUAGUGCUGGUUCUAUCACCAAGAUUUGCCAAGACUACUGUCCUGAGGCAGUGGUUUCUCAUGGAGGAUGCCCAAAGAAGCUGACUGAUGCCAAUAUUACCUAUACCAAGCGUGGAAUUCGAACUGGACAAAUCAAGAAUGCUAUGCAAGCUGCCAAGUCUCUGGCUACUAUUAAUGGCCAGAAUAUCAGUCCUCAAACAGUUAGGAAUGCACUCAAAUAA